CUUGGCACUCAUUCACACACACAAAAAAUAUCUCUCCCCUCCUUCCUCCGAACGGAUCGCUCCUUCCCUUCCCUUCCCUUCCGAUCGCCGCAUACCGCAAUGUCCUCCGUCGCCGUUGAGCCGCUCCUCCGAUAUCACCGCCGGACGGAGGUUUCUGGACUUCGGAAGGUUGCGAAUCCCUGCUGCUCUUCGUCUUCGCUUAAUUGUUCGCGGCAGAAACUGUUUCAUCGCGGCAAAUGCAAGCUUCGUGUGCGUCGUCGGUCCACAGCUCCCUUCGUGAUCAGAGCUAGUAGCUCUUCUUCUUCUUCUAGUACUGCUCUGGCGGAGACUUUCGAAUCCUCCGGUGAUGUGUUCUUCCGGCACAGUUUUCCAGUCACUCAAACUGAAACGGUGGAAGGAAAGAUUUUUGUGCGCGUGGAUCAGGAGAACGGGAAAGGUAAUUGGCAUCUGACUGUGGGAUGUAGCCUUCCUGGGAAAUGGAUUCUUCAUUGGGGAGUCUCUUAUGUCAAUGAUAUUGGCAGCGAAUGGGAUCAACCUCCAAAGCAUAUGAGACCCUCUGGUUCCAUGCCAGUAAAGAAUUAUGCGAUCGAGACACCUUUAAAGAAACCAUCUGGAGAUGAUCCAUUCUAUGAAGUGAAGAUUGAUAUUGAUCCCAAGAGUGCAAUUGCUGCCAUAAAUUUCGUCCUGAAGGACGAAGAAACUGGAGCAUGGUAUCAACACAAGGGAAGAGAUUUUAAGGUGCCUCUCGUAGAUUACCUUCUUGAAGAUGGUACUGUAUUUGGCUCAAACAGCUUCGUUAGACCCUUCUUUUCAAACAUAUUGCUCAAACCAGAAACAGACAGUACCCUUGAGCCCGAUGAUGUUAAAAGAGAAGAUCGGAAAGUAGAAGGGAUCUAUGAAGAGCAGCCCAUUACCAAACAUAUUGCUAUAGAAAACUCGGUGACUGUUUCAGUUAGAAAGUGCCCUGAGACGUCUAAGAAUCUCCUUUAUCUCGAAACUGAUCUACCUGAAGUUGUUGUUCACUGGGGGGUGUGCAGAGAUGAUGCUAAAAAUUGGGAAACUCCACCUGGCCCUCAUCCACCAGAAACAGUUAUAUUCAAGGAAAAGGCUUUGCGGACUUUGUUGCAGCCGAAGGAGGAUGGACGUGGAUGUUCGGGGUUAUUUACCUUGGAAGAGGGUCUUGCAGGCUUUCUUUUUGUACUCAAGCUAAAUGAUAAUACUUGGUUGAAAUGUAAGGGAAAUGACUUUUACGUCCCGCUCUCAAAUUCAAGUAUCUUGCAUUCUGAGUCCGGUCAGGAACACUUUAAAGAUGCAGCAGCCUCUGUGAAGGCUCUAGAUCAAAAUCAAGGUUCUGAUACUGCCUUCACUAAUGAGAUAAUUAAAGAAAUAAGGAACUUGGUGAGUGGAAUUUCUUCCGACAACAGUCGAAAGGUGAAAACUAAAGAAGCACAAGAAAGCAUACUUCAGGAGAUUGAGAAAUUGGCUGCUGAAGCCUACAGCAUCUUCAGAAGCUCCAUACCAACUUUCAAAGAAGAGGUUGUUUUGGAAGAAGAGCUGGAGCAAGCACCUCCUAAAAAGAGCUCCGGUACAGGGAGUGGUUAUGAAAUAGUGCUUCAGGGCUUCAAUUGGGAAUCCCAUAAGUCUGGAAGAUGGUAUAUGGAGCUCAAAGAGAAGGCAGAAGAUAUAGCUUCACUUGGUUUCACGGUUGUGUGGUUGCCUCCACCUACAGAGUCAGUGUCGCCUGAAGGCUACAUGCCAAAGGAUCUGUAUAAUUUGAACUCCAGAUAUGGAAACAUUUAUGAGCUGAAGGAACUUGUGGGAAAGCUUCAUGAAUUGGGCAUCAAAGUUCUUGGAGAUGCUGUGCUAAACCACCGAUGUGCUCAGUAUCAGAACCAAAAUGGAAUAUGGAACAUCUUUGGUGGUCGCUUAAAUUGGGACGAUCGAGCAGUUGUUGCUGAUGAUCCACAUUUCCAGGGUAGAGGAAACAAGAGCAGCGGGGACAAUUUUCAUGCUGCCCCAAACAUUGAUCACUCGCAGGAUUUUGUGAGGAAGGAUAUCAAAGGAUGGAUGCGCUGGCUAAGAGAAGAAAUUGGUUAUGAUGGUUGGCGGCUUGAUUUUGUCAGAGGAUUUUGGGGCGGCUAUGUAAAGGAUUACAUGGAUGCAACCAGUCCUUAUUUUGCAGUUGGCGAGUAUUGGGAUUCCCUCAGUUAUACUUAUGGUGAAAUGGAUCACAAUCAGGAUGCACAUCGACAAAGAAUUAUUGAUUGGAUAAAUGCAACAAGUGGAUCUGCUGGUGCGUUUGAUGUCACCACAAAAGGGGUGCUUCAUGCGUAUGUAAGCUUAAAAGGGAAGAUCUAUUUCAUGCAGGCACUGGAAAGAUGCGAGUAUUGGCGUUUGGCAGAUGAGAAGGGAAAACCUCCAGGAGUUGUUGGAUGGUGGCCAUCACGUGCUGUUACAUUUGUGGAGAAUCAUGACACUGGCUCAACUCAGGGUCACUGGAGAUUCCCAGGUGGCAAAGAAAUGCAAGGAUAUGCGUACAUCCUGACUCAUCCAGGAACACCUGCUGUAUUCUUUGACCACGUUUACUCUAAUUAUCGCUCUGAAAUUGCUGCUCUCCUCGCUUUCAGAAACCGCCACAAACUCCAUUGCCGCAGCAUAGUACAAAUUUCGAAGGCAGCAAGAGAUGUGUACGCAGCCAUCAUCGACGAGAAAGUGGCAGUGAAGAUUGGUCCUGGCCAUUUCGAACCCCCUAAUGGCCCACGAAAAUGGUCACCGGCUCUCGAGGGAAGGGAUUACAAGAUCUGGGAGUCAUCCUAGUGCAUCUACUCUACACAAGAGUAUCAUUUUGCAUUCUAGCCAAAGCGUAUUUAGUAUACAAAUAGGUUAAGACAACUUGUGUGGCGUAAUGUAGCAUAUCCAUAAGUGGGAGAAUAGAGAGCCUCCGUAUAGCAAGACUGUUAUUAGUCUACGAAAUUGUUACUAGGUGGGAAGACGAUCGUCCACAUUUAUAGUCUUUCGAUCAGCUCGGCUAUGCCUGCACACUUUGUGAGUCCAACUCGCUCACGCACGAUCGUUCCACUGCAUUCGUUUCGCAAACUAAGGACGAUCUCCAUCCGUUACUGUGAUAGUCUAGAGUCCCUUUCGGAAGCUGCAGGCAGUACAAUUUGCAGGGAUGCCAGUUCUGUCGUCGACUCCUUGGAAGUUUCCAACUGUCUUCGUUUCCAAAGGGUGGGUUGCUUGCCCUGGAAUUGGCACAAGUGAAGUACUGUUGCAUAGUUGCUUGAAGCUGAAGUCAACUGGCUGAGAGGAAUGCGCUCACUGAUCCCAUCUCUUGUGCUACUGAAAUUAGCCGACUGUCCGGAGCCUGAAUCUUUUUCCUGUACGGGUUCUGCCCUCCAAGCUUCGAUCAGUUGAAAUCUACGAGUGCUGUAAGCUCAUAGCUUGGCGAGUGGCGUCAUAAUUGGGACCUGCAGUCACCACCCACUCUCUUGUAUUUGACAAUUGGUCGGAUGAGGCACAACACAGAUCGAGAAUUACAAUUUCAAAUCGAGGAAUGAGUGAAGGAUCAAGGAUGCGUUGACAAUAGGGCAGCAAGAGCUAUUGUCGUUUUGGGAAGAUUAGCAACAAAACUUUUACUCUUUGGUCUACUAGUGCAACACGCCUCACUUUGAUUAAUCAUGCCUCACAUCAAUAAAUCGUGUUUAGUUUUGCCUAAGCAUCAGUUAGACGUUACGAGCGCCUAAUUGUCCACCUAGGACAU